AUGGCUACCCCCAGUGUUCUUACCUUUGACACUAAGGGUCGUGCUGUUGACUUUGAGGUCUGGAUCGAUGACCUCCAGCUUUUCCUCCAGUGCGAUAGGGCAGACGGCCUCUCUCAGUUCGACCUGACCUCUGGUGCCUCCCGCCUGCUACUGCUAACAGCACUGGGUGUUCCCCCUCGCCCCUCUUGCCCUCUGUUGCUUCUGCUGCUGCUGCCGACCUCGUUGGUUUCUACGGGGCGGGCGCUGCGUCUGCCCCUAGUGGGAGACGCCGCACCGGCAAGGGCAAGGGGGGCAAGGGAACUGGAGGGGCUAGCGGGGGCGGUGGAGGUGGUGGUGGAGGCAGUGGAGGGAGUGGGGGUGGUGGUGGGAGUGGUGGCGGGGGCGGAGGCAGCGGUGGCAGCAGUGGAGGCGGAGGAGGCGGCGGUGGUGGUGCAGGGAGCGGAGGCGGCUGAGGUGGCGGAGGAGGCGGAUGUGGCGGAGGCGGCGGAGGCGGCGGCGGCGGCGGCGGUGGAGCGGGUCACAACUCUGCGCAGAGGAGUGGGUCCGGUGGUGGUCCGCGUCCAGCAGCAGCAGUGCGGUCGUGAGACCCUGUCCCCUCAGCAGCUUCGUGAGUGGUACGCUGCGCGUCAGCGCGCUGGGGGUACUGGUCCCUGCACUUACGUCCUCCGUACCGGCGACCGUACUGGUGAGCAGUGCGGGGGCCCGCACUCCACCCAGCGCUGCUUCGGCCGCCUGACGGACGCGUGGCGUCACCAGUUCCCUGAGGCGUCAGAGAUCCCUCGCUGGGGAGAUCUGUCUAGGGCGGGGGUUGCCAUCUUCGAUCUUGACUAUGAUGCUAUCCUUGCUGCCAUGUAUGUUGUGACUACUAGUGUUGAGGGUGACAGUUACCUGUGUGUACCGCCUGGCCCGGGCAUUGAGGCUACUGCUCUAGGUGCUGGUGCUGGUGAGUCUGCUCUCUCAGGUACUACGUCGGCUCAGGCCUUACACACCUUCACCCUUGACUCGGGUGCGUCCCGCUCUUUCUUUCGAGACCGCACCACGCUUACGCCGCUUAGUCGGUUGGUUGCAGUCUCCCUGGCGGACCCCUCUGGGGGUCCUGUCCUUGCUAGCUUCUCCACUGUCUUACCGUACCCUGCAGCCCCCUCUGGCACCCUGUCAGGUCUCUACCUCCCCUCGUUCUCUACGAACUUGGUGAGUGGAGCAGACCUACAGGAUAGGGGGGUUGAUUAG